CGAUGACUCAAACGGACCUAGCUCUUCAGGGAGCUGUAGACAAGUCGAUUGACUCACCAGGACAACACAUUGUUUUCUAUCUUUCUGGCUCCAGAUACGUGCCAGCCUCUGUACAGACACACUGUCUGAAUUUGGAUGUAUUUGGGACUCCUCAAAAUUCGUUAGGAAAAGUACAUGCAUGGUAAUCAGUGGUGCCAUGCCGCUGAUGGUGAACCUGAAAGCUUCUUAAGCUUAGAACACACCGCGAGGUUAGAAAUUUAGGAUCGUUAGGAGGCAGGCGGGCGGCACAUCUUCAGGGUCUGAAUGCAAUCGUUCUAGGACAGAGUCUAGCUUGGGAGAUCCCAGGAGUCCCAGUACCCAUUCGGUCAAGGCGAUCAUGAGUAGUACAAUUUCUGAACUCAUCACCAACGCAUAGGUGACAAUCGAUCUCAGCGAUGUGAACUCCCACUUUCCAUGUCCUCGUUGUGUCGAUUCCACCAGUACCCAGCUCGCGAGGAUUGAAAGGGUGAUUGAAUCGAUUGUCUGCACCCGACCAGUCGGCCAGGGGAUGCUCAGAACCAGGGCGAGGCGUUGAGAUAAAAGGUCAUGAUUGACCGAGGUUGGGAUUAGCAGGUUCAAAUUAAGUCUCGGUCUGGAUUGAAGAUGCCACUGCUCGUCAGGGUUAUCAAUCAGCUCCCCUGUCGUCCAUACUGUGUCAGACGCGUCAGGAAGCAAAUGUUACAGAAAUUGUUCAAUCAACCAGUAGCCAGCGCAGUGGCUAUGUCAAUGGGGACGCUACGUUUCUAGAGGAAUUUGAUUCGCAGUUGACUAGUUUCUUGUGCACAUCAUCGGGUCUGUUGUGCCAGCAUCGUCGAAACGCAGGACGUGCGAAGGAAAUCCCUGUCGCUGGCACAAUAGCCUCUGUGAUGUUGACAGCUCGACGCGUCUGUGAUGGUAGAAGCGAGGCCGGAGACGAUUUUGCUACGUUUCCGACGCAAUAAUGGACCGCCAAGGAACAUGACAGGGCAGUAUGGAAUUUGUAGGAUCAGCUAGCUAUGCCCAUUCACGGAGCUGGUCGCAUGUACCGAUCAAUUGCAGCGUAGUUGCAUCGAAGAUGAGAUCAUGAAUGGCAUCUGUAUUAAGCUGAAGGGUGAAGCACAACAAUGGCCGGAAGUGGAAGUUUUUGUCCUGCCUUGGAGAUGAUGCACCUGAUGCCCUUUCUUUUACUUCUGGUUACAUGGCCUGCUGCGGCUUGGGUACCUGCAAGGCCGGAGGUCGAGGUGUUGCUGGAUGUGAAGGCCGCACUCGACCCACAUGGAUUAGUCUUAGAUUCUUGGCAAACAGGGGUACAGCCUUGCUCCGGCGCUUUCGACGGAGUUCUUUGUGACUCAGCGGGGAGAGUUACGAACAUUUCGUUGCAAGGGCGGUCGUUGACAGGGUUCAUUCCAGAUGCUGUGUCCGAGCUCCCAGAGCUAACUGCCCUCUUCUUGCAUUUUAAUGAGCUGCGGGGCGGCAUUCCUGCCUCGCUUUCUUAUUUAGAGGGCCUUACAGACAUGUAUCUAAAUUGGAAUCAGUUGUCUGGUGCCAUUCCUCCUCAACUGGGUCAGCUCGCAAGCUUACAAGUGCUGGAACUGAGCUGCAACAAUCUGGAAGGAGAGAUCCCAGUGGAGCUUGCCAGUCUUUCUAACCUUGAAACUUUGGCCGUCAACGCAAAUAACCUGAAUGGUACGAUUCCUUCCACGAUUGGCAACAUGACCAUGCUGCAACGACUAGACGUCAGCAAUAACACAUUAACUGGCAAAAUCCCAGCCUCAGUGGAAAAUCUGACAAAGCUCAUCUACCUCGAUGUAUCUCACAACCUCCUAUCUGGUCCCGUUCCAACAGGGCUGUUUGAUCUGCGGCAUGGUUUCAAGUACAGCAACAAUAGUGGACUCUGCGGCACGGGCUUGAACAUAUCAAAAUGUCCGACCCCACCCUCCAGCUCGCUAGAGUCCUCUCCUGCGGAACCCUCACAAAGUUUCAAGAAAAUAAUGAGCAUUACAACUGCCAUCGUUUUCGCAAUCGGAGGAAGCGCGUUUUUGAUCCUCGUUUACAUUUGUUUGAAGCGCCGAAACGCGCAUCUCAGGCACGCAUUUGACAUCAAAUCAGACAUUAACUCAGGCAUCAAGUCCGUGCACAAAUCUGCACCCAAGGGAGAGAAAUCUGAAAGCAUAAACGGAAGCACAAACUAUCUCCAGAGCUCGUUCCAUGGCAGCACACCGGACUUUUCCAUCUUGGGAAGGUCCAGGGUUAUGUCGGGUCGAAGCACGUCGACCAUCGCGUCGAAUGGACUCCCUAGCCCUGCGGAAUGGAGCUCCUGGAUCCAUUUGGGCGAGCUCGAAACCGCCACAAACUAUUUCUCCGACAAGAACCUUCUGCGGAAGAAUUGCCACUCAGCGGUGUAUAAAGGAACAUUACGAGAUGGCACCUCUGUGGCUGUGAAAGCAAUAUACAACACACGAUACUCAUUCGGCGAGCAGGACUUUCAGAUAGCUAUCGAAGCCCUGCUGCAAGUACGGCAUGAAAAUCUUGUCAACUUCUUGGGAUUCUGCUGUUCAAAAGGUGGCUCCGAAUGCUUCCUCGUGUAUUCGUUCGUGCCCGGCGGCUCUCUGGAUCACCAUCUCCAUGACCAGAGCGAAUUGUUUCUUAACUGGGGCAUGCGAGUGAAGAUCAUUCGCGGAAUCGCAAAAGGUCUCGCGCACUUGCACGAAGGCAUGACGGAGCCCAUGACGAUGGUACACCAAAACCUUUGGGCCGGCAACAUCCUGCUCGACAAGCAAGGCAACGCGCUCCUCGCAGACUACGGCUUGUCCGACAUAGUGGCAGAGGAGGUGAUGUACGCAACCCACAAGACACUAGCAGCGCUGGGUUAUCUAGCACCGGAGUAUGCGUACACAGGCCAAGUCACCGAGGACUCGGACAUCUACGCCUUCGGCGCCCUGGUUCUCGAGCUUCUCACGGGCCACCGCCCAGUGUUCUUCGUCGAGGCGACGCGGACGCUCGUCAGCAUGGCCACAUGGGUCCACCCGCUGCUGGAGCUUGGCAAAGUCCGGGAAUUUGUGGACCCAAAACUUGAGGCGAAUUUCUCUCUCGCGGGUGCUGCAGGGCUAGCUCACAUCGCGCUCCAGUGCAUGUCGGAGGAUCCCGGCGCGAGGCCCAACAUGGUCGACGUCGUGCGUCGACUGCACGCUUCCGAGGGAUGGGCAGACAUGGCGAUCGAUUCGUUUCUGCUCACGGCCACUGCUCCCAGCGGCCGGCAACUCUCGUUCUCAUACCCGGAAUCACUUCACCAGUGCCGGUGAUGGUCUAGAUGCCCAUCGAUCAGUCGCGGAGUCGGUGAUAAGGCUUCGAUCGACACUGAUCGCUCGAAACUGAUCCACACUUCGGUUGCUGAAUUAGUGUUAGGGUUUCUCCGCUCAGGCUGAUGAUGAAAGGCUUGAAUCCCCUGUAUAUUCAUGAAUCUUUGGCACAUUACGGGUAUUAGUCAAGGAAGAUGUUAUUUAGUAAACUUUCAAGAAAAUCAAUGUAAGCUUGCAAAGAAAUAAUAAUGAUCGAUUGAGCAAUUGAUGUCUAAGGUAGUGGAGGAAGAUUUGGUUUUACCAAAGAAUUUGAUGAAUUGAUUUCUUGUUCUACAUAUGUAGAUAUAUAUAUAUAUAUAUAUAUAUAGAACGUUUAACGCC